AUGGGCGGUGACAGUGUAUGUGGCGGUGACAGUGUAUGUGGCGGUGACAGUGUAUGUGGUGGUGACGGUGUAUGCGGUGGUGACGGUGUAUGCGGUGGUGACGGUCUUAAACAGUACCGUGAUUUCAUAGCUUUACUCCCUGAGUGCCUUGCCCUGAAGAUAUUACAUAAUUUAAAUCCAAGAGAGUUAUUAGUUGUAUGUAGAGUUAGUAGAACAUGGAAUCGCAUCGCUAGUAGUGAUCAACUAUGGAAAGAAAAGUGCAGUCAAGUUGAAAUUGAGGUACCAGUGACUGCCAAUAUGAAAUGGAAAACAGUCUAUAAAGAUAACAUGUAUUUAAAACUGAAUUGGGAGCUAGGUCACUUCAAAGAGGUUGAUGUCAAAGGGCAUACUGGAAAAGUCUUGUCUAUAACCUUUGAUGGUAGAAGGAUGGCAAGUGGAAGUAAGGAUACAACAAUCAAAAUAUGGGAUGCCAAAAGUGGAAACUUAAUACAAACACUGAAAGGUCAUUCGAAAGGUGUCUGGUGUCUGCGAUUUUUCACACGCAAUCUUCUGAUCAGUGGUUCAUAUGACUGUACAAUAAAAGUUUGGAAUCUGCGGAAAGGAUCUUGUGUUCGUACAUUGUUUGGCCAUGAGGGUGCGGUGUGGGCAAUUGUGAGAAAACAAAACUUAUUAGCAUCAGCUUCACAAGACAGAACUGCCAAAUUGUGGGAUAUUAGUCGUUGUCAAUUGUUACAUACAUUGCGUGGACAUACACAGGCUGUAUUCUGCAUUGACAUGGACGAUGACUGUAAAAUAGUGUUGACUGGCUCAGCUGAUAGGAGUAUUCGUGUAUGGAGUGUGGAGACUGGCAGACAUACCAGAGUGAUCUGGGCAAGUCAGACAACCUCCAUCAUGGCACUUAGUUACCACAAAGGCUAUUUUGCAUGUGCUGUAGGAGAGGUGCUUUCGCUUUGGAAACUAGGAGAGCCAGCAGCAAGUUGUGUUCGGACUUUCCAGGAACAUGAAAAAAGAAUUGAGACAUUAGAAUUGAAAAUGGCAGAACCAGAGAAACCUGAAGGAAUCAUAGUGAGUGCUGGGCAAGAUGGUAUGGUUAAAUAUUGGGAUAUCAACAAAGAGAAGAGUCUACACACUUUGAGUGGACAUUCCAGUCAAGUCAAUGCCAUCCACUUUGAUGAGACAAAGAUUGUCAGUGCUUCCUAUGACAAUAAAUGCAAAGUCUGGGAUUUCAACAUCUAA